GCUGUCCGUCCGGUACAGAUAUUCGACAAGCAGUCCUAUUGCUACGAUUAAGUCUCUGCCUAGCUCGGACUUUUCCUUUGGUCAACUCUGUUGAUAUUAAUUUGUCAUACAAUAUGAUCUGACAGUGACAGGGUCUGUAGUUCAAGAGUAAAUAAGAGAGACGUACAUAGACUACUUGUCAUCGUGAUUUUUCUGUCUAGUUAUUCUUUCAUUUGAUUCCCCUACCGUUCCCUCUUGGAUUUACGAAGAGCAUGUUGGUGAUCUGAGUAUACAGAGAGUUUUUCUCCUGUCCUUCGAUAUAUUUGAGGAAUGACUGCAACUGGAAAGGGACUGACAACCGCUUGAAUGGAAAAAAUGGAAUACAACGAUCUUGAGAAAAACAUUGAGGAAAAACUGACAUUAACAGAUACAUGUAUCUCCUCCACACCAGAGCCUUUGGACAACCAGAAUGAAGACAAGAACAUAGUGAAGGACCUUCUGACAUCAGACGACUCAACCAUCUCAGACCUCUCCCCAGACACGGAGUCCUGUCCCAAAGCAGACCCCUCCACCAAGACAGACCCCUCCACCAAGACAGACCCCUCUACCAAGACAGACCCCUCUACCAAGACAGACCCCUCUACCAAGACAGACCCCUCCACCAAGACAGACCCCUCUACCAAGACAGACCCUCUACCAAGACAGACCCCUCUACCAAGACAGACCCCUCUACCAAGACAGACCCCUCCACCAAGACAGACCCCUCUACCAAGACAGACCCCUCUACCAAGACAGACCCCUCUACCAAGACAGACCCCUCUACCAAGACAGACCCCUCCACCAAGACAGACCCCUCCACCAAGACAGACCCCUCCACCAAGACAAACCCCUCUACCAAGACAGACCCCUCCACCAAGACAGACCCCUCCACCAAGACAGAUGCUAGACCAGGCACCCCUGGGUCUGGCACCAGCCCCCAUCCCAAAAAAGGAGGUACAUUAUUCAACACGUGGCCUGUGCUCAGAACAGCUCUGAGACCCACUGAGAGACAUACUGUAACCAGGAAGAUAAGGAAAUAGCAUGGGGGACAUCCAGUGUGAGGUGUACAGUUUGGUAGCUGUUGAAGCUAUGUGAGGGGAGAACCAUUCAGGCAUUCAUGUCUGUGGACGGGUGAAAGGUUCCUCAGACUAAUCUAAUGGAUCUUCAGCCAUUACAGACUCAAUCAGACAGAUGGCAGUGGGUGAACUACACAUCUUCAUUUGUUAGGGGAGUGGUGGACGGUAUAGAGGGGGAGGGACGAGAGCCUUGUGUUGGGACAGGACUUUCAGGCUUAGGGAGUUUCCCUAAACCUUCCCCAGCAUAUCUCUCUAGACACCAGCCUUGUCUCUCCAGACUCCAGGUUUGUCUCUCCAGACUCCAGGUUUGUCUCUCCAGACACCAGGUUUGUCUCUCCAGACACCAGGUUUGUCUCUCCAGACUCCAGGUUUGUCUCUCCAGACUCCAGGUUUGUCUCUCCAGACACCAGGUUUGUCUCUCCAGACACCAGGCUUGUCUCUCCAGACACCAGGUUUGUCUCUCCAGACACCAGGUUUGUCUCUCCAGACACCAGGUUUGUCUCUCCAGACACCAGGUUUGUCUCUCCAGACACCAGGUUUGUCUCUCCAGACUCCAGGUUUGUCUCUCCAGACUCCAGGUUUGUCUCUCCAGACACCAGGUUUGUCUCUCCAGACUCCAGGUUUGUCUCUCCAGACUCCAGGUUUGUCUCUCCAGACUCCAGGUUUGUCUCUCCAGACUCCAGGCUUGUCUCUCCAGACACCAGGUUUGUCUCUCCAGACACCAGCCUUGUCUCUCCAGAC